AGAAAAAGGGAAGGUGUUGGGGAGCCGGCGUUGGCACUCGCCGCACGGCAAGAGUUGCACGGCUCCGGCGGACCGGACCUGGACUCUAUAAAAGGAGCCCGACCGCUCCGCCACUCACACGCUCCUCCCGGACCGGCGUAUGCCGCGUCCCUGCAGCUCCCCCAGACACCUGCCCCUUCCCCGCCCGCUGCGCCAGGUCCCCCAGACCCGUGCGCCCAGCGGCAUGGCUCCGAGAGGCGCCCGUGGGACCGAGGUGGCGGCGGCGGCGCGGCGCGAGCAGCCGCAGCCCCAGCCCCCGAGUCCCACCUCUUGCGGCCCCUUCUCCGCGGCGCAGCUCGCCGGAGUGGCCAGCGCGUGAAAAGAAGGGCGGGCAGAGCUCCGGCGCGAGGCGCGGCGCAGCGCGGCUCCCAGAUUUCACCCCGCCCAGCUCUGGCGACUGCGGCCGCCGCAGGAAAACUGCCCCAGCCUGGGGAGGAGGGCGGGAAUGCAAGAUCAGGACCCCUCGCUGGCCUGCAAGAUUUGGUCUCGACAGCUAGGAAACUCGUGCGGGCCGAGUCUGCAGAUCCCGGAGCGCCCGGUUUAGGAGACGCUUAGCCCCGAGCAACUGGGGUAAGACCUCCCACCUGGCCGAUGCUCCCUCCUCAAACAAAACCACAGCCUCCUCCUCUAGACGCCCCGGUGGGAGCCGGAGCGCAGCGGGGCUCUGUGGACCAGCCCUUAGCAACCCGGGGCUAAGACGGGGCGUAGAGAGGAACAGCCAGAAACGCGGCGGCAGCGACGGGCGCCCCGAAGUGCAGGGGACGCGCCCGCCGGCCUCGUCUGCCUCGCCCUUGACCUCUAGGUUCACCUGGGAACCUGGGUGGAGGAGUAAUUGAGGAACCCACGGAUCCGACUAGCCACCAGGGGACAAGACUCUGGUCCCUUCAGCGGUCCUUUCCUCGUCCUCGUCCGCUCCAUGCCCGAGAGCUGCGCUUGGAGAGACAUGGAGGAAGCGGGCGCUCAGUGUGCCCCGCCGCUGUCCGUGAGCUCCCAGACGGGGCUUUCGCAAGCCAACGUCUCUGCUGCUCCCUCCCACAACUGCAGCGCCGAGAGCAACAUUUACCAGGACUCCAUAGCCCUGCCCUGGAAAGUAGUACUGGUCGUGCUGCUGGCGCUCUUCACCUUGGCCACCACGCUCUCCAAUGCGUUUGUGAUCGCCACUGUGUACCGGACGCGGAAGCUGCAUACCCCCGCCAACUACCUGAUCGCCUCCCUGGCGGUCACCGACCUGCUGGUAUCCAUCCUGGUCAUGCCCGUCAGCACCAUGUACACGGUCACGGGACGCUGGACGCUGGGCCAGGUGGUGUGCGACUUCUGGCUGUCAUCGGACAUCACCUGUUGCACUGCUUCCAUUUUGCACCUCUGUGUCAUCGCCCUGGACCGCUACUGGGCGAUCACGGACGCCGUGGAGUACUCGGCUAAAAGGACUCCCAAGAGGGCGGCGGUCAUGAUCGCGCUCGUGUGGGUCUUCUCCAUCUCCAUCUCGCUGCCGCCCUUCUUCUGGCGUCAGGCCAAAGCCGAGGAGGAGGUGUCGAACUGCGUGGUGAACACAGAUCACAUCCUCUACACUGUCUACUCCACGGUGGGCGCUUUCUACUUCCCCACCCUGCUGCUCAUCGCCCUCUAUGGCCGCAUCUACGUGGAAGCCCGCUCCCGGAUUUUGAAACAGACGCUCAACAGAACCGGCAAGCGUCUGACCCGAGCCCAGCUGGUUACUGACUCGCCCGGGUCCACGUCUUCCGUCACCUCCAUUAAUUCGCGGGCUGCAGACUUACCCAGCGAAUCGGGGUCUCCUGUGCACGUGAACCAAGUCAAAGUGCGAGUCUCCGACGCCCUGCUGGAGAAGAAGAAACUCAUGGCCGCUAGGGAGCGCAAAGCCACCAAGACCCUGGGAAUCAUUUUGGGAGCGUUCAUCGUGUGUUGGCUGCCCUUCUUCAUCAUCUCCCUGGUGAUGCCUAUCUGCAAGAAUGCCUGCUGGUUCCACCAGGCCAUCUUUGACUUCUUCACGUGGCUGGGCUAUGUCAACUCCCUCAUCAACCCCAUCAUCUAUACCAUGUCCAACGAGGACUUCAAACAAGCGCUCCAUAAACUGAUACGCUUUAAGUGCACAAGCUGACUUGUCCAUUGCAGUGGGGUCGCCUAAGCGGCCUUUGGGGGACCAUGCUGUGUCUGGUUCCACAGGUAGGUCGACUCUUUGACUGUUACUGGGUCGGAGUGAGGCUCUCUUCUGAGCAAGGGCAAUGGAUCCUGAGAAGCCAGGACAGCCCUGCGAGAGCUCUAAAGGAGAACUGUUCAAACAGCUGAGGAGGGGGCUCACUUUCUCCCCUCAAACCCCAGUUUCAGCACCAACCCUGCCACAGCCCAUCGCAAGGGGGGUUGCAACUUUCAGAAAAUCGAUGAUGGAAAAGAGAUCCCUGCCCUGCUUUGGUAUCACAGAUGAUGCCCCCUAGAACCAGAAGUACUUGUCGUUCUUGUCUGGAGCCUGUCUGAGACAUGAUCUACAUACAGCCUGGCAGUACUUGAACUAGACACUAAUACCCUGUGUUUGGGGGAGAACUUUGUGUUACAGCUUCGCUUAAGAACAGUUACUUUGGCAUCCUUCAGUCUUCAUUCAGUUUUUGUUCAUUUAAACUUGAUUGGAGAAACUUGUGGAUUUGGUGCUUCCAACCCUAUGUGUGGCUUGAAGAGUUAACAGCAAAAUUCUGAUGUUAAGAUCUCUAUUUUUAUUAUAAUUGAAACUAUACGGGGUGGGGGGUGGAUGGGGGCAUUAAGCUGAAAACCAAUGCCUAUGAUUGUUUGUUGUCUGCAGAUCUCUAAUUUUGUAAUUCCUGUGUAGUGAUUGUCAAACCUCAUUCCUUAACAACUCAAACAAAAUGUUACGUGUGCUAGUGCCAAAGUCUGCAGAUUGCUUUUUCCUCCUAAUUUCAUGUACCUGUCAUUUUACACAAUUAAAUCCCCAGAAAUGGGGGAUAUGAUGGGUGACUCAACCCAAGCUGCUGCUAUAUUUCUUAUUAACGCCACUGAUGAAACUGAUGGGUACAAGAUAUAUAAGUUCCUUUGCAAGAAAAGUAUUUUUAAUCCCAAUUGAGUGAGCUAUGAAGGAGACAGAUGAGAUGGAAAUGGUUCUUAUACAACUAAGGAAUGGGUGGCAACAGGAGGAUGUAUAUUUCGACUUGUAAAAAAUCUUAAAUGCAUGAGACUUUUUUCUGACAGUCAUUUGCACUCUCCUUCCCAUCUGUAAUUCCUUUGUGUGCUAACGUAUAAAGGAACCAAUAGAACUAGCUCCUUUCUCCAAAAAUCUUCAAAAUAGUAAAACCUCUAAAAACCAUGUUAAAAAUAAAAACCUGUUUCUUUUCCCUUGCUAUUGAAGUUUGAGUAGGAACAAAGAUUAUUAGAAAAUGACAUGCAAGGACUUUCAAAAAGCUUAGAGAAGCUAACAUUGAGCCUGUUUUCCUGUAACUCACGGAACCAAACCUCAGACUUACUGGGCAACCAGGGAACUAACAAGCUUUUGAACCUUGGAAAUUUGUCAUUGACCUGACACUUCAAUGAAAAUACAUACUAUCAGUAAUACUUUACAUUUAUCUCUUUUUUUUUUUCAAAUUCUAAAAAUACUUAGUUGUUAUCUCAAAUUCACUCUGAGGACUCCCCGACACAGGGCAAGAUCACACACUAAUAGAUGAAAUACGCAUGAUCUGAAUAAAAUGGAGUAGCCCCUAAGGAUUACCUGCAUGAAAAAUGAAUGUCUGUGGAACAUUUAUUAUGCCAAAGAAGAUUCACACUCCGUUCUUUAGAGAGCUUUCUGCAGGUGGUACCUUUUGUCUGCAGAAACAAGUUGUCUUUGUAAAAUGGAUUCACUCCCUGCUUGAAGCUCCCCAGUCCAGACUGUCAGACAAUAGAUGUAUUGAGCUGAAGUACACUGCUUCCCUGCUGUGCAGCCCUUUACUCUGGCGUAAUGACUCUUGAAAAUAUCCUGUUCCAAGAUUCACACGUAAACUAAGUACAAAAGAAAAUUUUGAUCAACAUUGACACCUGUCACUGGAGUAAGAGAAAAUUGUAGGCAUUAGGUAAUCCUAAAUUUCUGCUGUAUCCCCACGUCUGUCUGUUCAUUUUUUGUGACAUUUCUCCCAUGGAGAAAUCUAGCUUACUACCGAGAAGACUGUGCACAGAGCGUGAUAUUUAUUUUUAUGUUAUUAAUAUGUUUGUCUUUUUGUUAAGGCUUUUUCUUGGGCCUAAGAAGCAAUUAAGCCAACUUCUAGGAGCCUAAGAGGGCAAAAUUAAUUGAAACCAAUAGCCAUUUACAAGUAAUUUCUGUAUAGGGCACCUGCAAUGAUUGUGUCCUCCUAUUAACAAAACAUGGUCAAUUUAGUCAAACGGGUUGUUUGCCACUUAUAGAUGACCUACCUAAAUUUUUGCUUGACUAUUUGGCUGGAUUGGGGUCAUACUGUAUGAAGUAGAAGCUUGUAAACCCUUGUAGUUAUAAGAGAUCCAGACUUCUCAUCCACCAUCGCACAUGAUUAUGCAAAGUGUAUUUUUCAUCCUAGGGGUAUGUAGUUAAGACUGUUAAGCGCCUUUUCAGUUACUGCUGCCUAUAGCAUAGUAUGGCUUUUUUGCAGAACAUUAUAUGGGAGAUGGAAAUAUUUAACCGUCAUAGAAAUGAAAGUAUAUUUUCAUUGGCUGUGGUAACAAAUAACAUUUUCCAUACUGUUGAACUGCACAAAAUUUCACACAAAUAUAUGAAUGUGUGUUCAUCCCCAAAUACCAAUAUUGUCUUGUGUUUCUAGGAAUUUUAGAGUUUCCUUUCUAAGAAUGGACACUGCACCUAUGAAUGAACAGUUAUUGACUUCAACACAUUUUCUACAGACCAAUCUUCUUCAAUCUUCCUCUCUAUUAUCUUAGUAUUAUCUUCUUGUGUCAGGAAACCCUGAGUGGACUGUAAUUCACUGAAGCAGCAAAAACUCAGAUUAUGUGUAUUUGAUGGAGUUAAUGUGACUGCAGAUUGCCUUUUCCACCUUUCAAAACAUGUGUAAUUCAAAAUGAAGUUUAGGAAAAUAAUGAAAUAAAAGUCCUUUUUUGUGUCCUAAAAAGCAUUGGGUGGUAAUUCUA